AUGUCCCGCUUGGAUCUACUCGAUCGAUUCCAACGUACAUCAUGCAGCUUGUCAUGCCACAAAUUGAUUCUAACAAGAGCUUCCUCUAGCCGUGCCAAGGAUCGAUCGUGGUUUGGUGACGACUACCAGACCAUCAGCAGCGUCCUGGGCGUCAAGUAUGCCAGCACGACGCUGAACAGCGCCGUCAUCGGCAUCGGCACGGUCGAUCUGCCCGUCAAACGCCGACCGGACGCGCGCGGUAAGCAGUCACACGCGGUGCUGCGGUUGCGCAACGUCCUCCACGUGCCGAGCUGCCUCUGCAACGUGAUCGGGACGUCUCUCGGCGACAACUACGUCCUGCGGCCCGGCCGCGACGGCACCCGCGAAAUCACGGACAGCAAGGGCCGUUCGGUCGCAUACUUGCAGCCGUCACCGCAGCAGGCCCCGUGCGGCAACACGCUACUUCAGCUGCGCCUGAGCGGACCCCCCAUCGGCCCCCGCGUCGGUCCGUCGCCCUUUAAGCCCGCGACAUCGUACAAGAUAAGCGCGUGGUGGCACGACGAUGAACGCGAAAGGGUGCUGCGCCUGCUGGGCACCGCCGGCAGCACCAAGUCACUGGUCACGCGGUCCGCCGCCGCCUCCUUUAACGCGGAGGAGCGCGCGUGGAUCAAGAAGGCGCACGGCAGCAUCUGGGCCUUUAUGCGGGCUCACAAGCUCCGCGGCGGUAGCGAGGAUGACGCCGCCACGGCGCGGCACAUUAUUCGGUCAUUUACAGAGCCGGCCAAGGUGGCCGCCGCCGCUGCCGCCGCCGCGCAAAGCAGUGUCGACAGCGGGCUGGGUAUGGACGGGUCGGUGGUGGGGAGAGGCAUCGUUGCCGAGGCUGACAAGCACUUUGGGCCGGCGGAACUCGCCUGGGUCCGGGAGAGAUACGGUGACGGGCUCUCCUUCAUGGUGAGUCUGCGACUGAGGUUCUUGGAGGCCGGUGACGGGCGCAAGGCCAACAAAGUCGCUGCGAUCCUUAUGUCAACCACCUCCGACACGGGAUAA